CAUAUCCAAUUGAUAGCCUCGUCAGCACAAUCAUAACCGUCAGAGAGACCUCACGACCUGUCCUUGAGAGCAAUACACUAUCAGACCACGUCUCGACUCAGUUCAAACACCGCCUCUUUCAGCCCUCCGCACAGCCCGGACCAAACCCUCCUGAUGACCGAGGACCUCCCUGGGAUCAUCAUCGCUCUCCUGCUCAUCUUCUUCGCCGUCCGGUACUUUUAUCCCACCAAAGACUCGUCGUCCCCCGUCUCGAACAAUGGCACGCCAACUUCGGGCCCUUUGAGGGGUAUCACCGGUCCACAGAUUCAGAACUUGCACCAAACCUUUCCACACAUCUCGCUGACAUCGAUCGCCUAUUCGUUGAGCCGGACUCGGUCGGCAGAGAGGACCGGUGAAGAGAUUCUCGAGCGGGGGUUCUUGCCCGAGCCGCCAGCCACCUUCCCCGUUCAUCCUUAUAUUGCCCAAGAGACCGCCCGCGCCGAGGCAGAAGCUUCCAACUCGACCCUUGCCGGCUCGGCUUCCUCGUCCAAAUCGAUCAGAGCCGCGAAAUACCCUUCGCUGAUCGAAAAGUACAAGCUCAGAGACCGAAUAGCGGAUCAGACCGUCUCGAGCAUAUCUGCGGCGAUCUCCCGGUCGAACAAGGGCAAAGGGCGUGAGGUGGACGUGACGGCCACCAAGAUGGCGGCGGAGCAGGACGACAAGAUGACGUUGCAACAGAGAAAGGAAAGGUUGAUCCUCGAGAGCAGGAGGAAGAUUAUGGAAAGACUGAUACGGGACAAGGCGAGCUGCAGCAAGGAGGAAGUUGCCGCGGAUUCUGGUAGCUUCUAAUUUGUCUCACGAUAGUCUACGGGGGAAUGAAUCCGCAUUGUAACACGUGAUGCCAUAUCAUAUCUCACUAUGGUUGGACCAGUGGACGAUACGGUGAUUGCAAAUCGUACUUCAUAGAUACAUCGACUUGGGCCGCACCAUGCCUUAUCGCGAGACGCCAACUGUGGAGCGGCAGGA